AUGGGGAGGUGUUUAGUAGUGUCUCAGCUGGCUGCUGUUAUUGCACUGGUUGUUGUGGUAAUCUGUGGGAAUCUGGCUGGGGAAAGUGAAGCUGCGAGAGCAUUCUUCGUGUUUGGUGACUCGUUGGUGGACAAUGGCAACAACAACUUCCUCGCCACCACCGCCAGAGCCGACGCGCCGCCAUACGGCAUCGACUACCCGACCCACCGCGCCACCGGCCGCUUCUCCAACGGCCUCAACAUUCCCGACCUCAUUAGCGAGGCGCUUGGCGCGUCGGAGGCCACAUUGCCGUAUCUAAGCCCGGCGCUGAAUGGAGAACGUCUUCUCGUCGGCGCCAACUUCGCCUCCGCCGGGAUUGGCAUUCUCAACGACACCGGCAUCCAAUUUCUGAACAUCAUAAGGAUAUCGAGGCAAAUGCAGUAUUUCCAGCAGUACCAGCAAAGAGUAGCCGGGUUGAUUGGGCAGCAACAGGCCCAGCGGCUGGUGAACGACGCACUCGUCCUCAUCACCUUGGGAGGGAACGACUUCGUCAACAACUACUACUUGGUCCCUUUCUCCGCCAGAUCUCGCCAGUUUGCCCUGCCGGACUACGUCGUUUACCUCAUCUCCGAGUACCGCAAGAUCCUCGCGAGGCUGUACGAGCUGGGAGCUCGAAGGGUGUUGGUGACCGGAACGGGACCGUUGGGGUGCGUGCCGGCGGAACGGGCGAUGAGGAGCCGUAACGGAGAAUGCGCCGUCGAGCUCCAACGUGCGGCCGGUCUGUUCAACCCUCAGAUGAUCGACAUGAUCUCCAGCCUCAACGCCGAGAUCGGCUCCCCGGUGUUCAUCGCUGCCAAUGCCCACGAGAUGAACAUGGAUUUCGUCACCAACCCUCAGGCUUACGGGUUUGUGACGUCAAAGGUGGCUUGCUGCGGGCAAGGGCCAUACAAUGGGAUAGGGCUGUGCACGCCGGCGUCCAACCUGUGCCCGAACAGAGACAUCUACGCGUUUUGGGAUCCGUUCCAUCCGUCGGAGAGGGCGAACCGCAUCAUCGUCCAGCAAAUCCUCACCGGCGACAACAAGUACAUGCAUCCGAUGAACCUCUCCACCGUCCUCGCCAUCGACAACUCAAGAACUUGA